CCGUGAGGAUUUAAACCGUCUGGCUGCUAAAGGGUUAAUGUUUCCUGACACUUGCUGUGCUGCGGCCUGCUGGUCCGACACACUCGCGCGCUUUUCUUCGGCAUCUCAAACCGUGCGGUACUUCAGCAGAGCUCCACACUCCAUCUGUUCAGUGUCCAGCUUGGAACCACACGAGAGUGGCAGGUCAUGAUGGUAUUGCUUCUCCGAAACGCUCCAUCUGCAUUUAUGAACGAUUUAACAUGCUUGGAGAACGAUCUGUGAGUGACUUGUUCGUCGCCGCCUUGGCCUCUGCGGUCCUUAUUUUGAUGCACCUUCUACAAAGACACCUGAACAAACCGACAGCACUGACUUCACAUGUUAAACCUCCGGGGCCGAAAACAGGAAAACGGAGCGCCGAAGAGCCCCAGACUUUACAGACGCAUUGGAAAGUUAUUCCUUUUGAGAUGCUACCCAGCUGGGUGAAAGACAAUAACUUCCUGCAUAAUGGACACCGGCCACCCAUGCCAUCAUUCCAAGCUUGCUUCAGGAGCAUCUUCUUGAUUCAUACUGAGACUGUCAACAUCUGGACACAUCUUAUUGUUCACCCAAAGAUCUGUCCCCUUGAUGACUUUACCACUGGUCCGUCCACGGUUGACAUCACUUCCAGCCUACAAUGAUGACAUCAUUUCCCAUACCUAGAAUCCAUCAUAUCGCCACAUUAGUUCCUGUUUUGGCCAUCCUGACUCCACCUCUUCCU